AUGGCGUCAGAUUAUGAGAUGAAUGAUGCUUUUGGACAAGAUGGGGAUGCAGAUAUUGACUCUUUGGCAUCUACGGCCGAAAGUGAAGAGGAAGCCGAGUAUGUUGUGAAUGCUAUUCAUGCGGAACGGAAGUUCUACGUAGAGCCAGACUCUGAAGAAGAUGAAGGUGUCUUUGUUCCUCAAUACUUGGUUGAAUGGGCUGGCGAAAAAAAGCAGAUUGCGGCAGGCAAAGUCAAACCAUUCGACAUCAAGUCGUGGGAAAAGCAUACCAAAACGGUGCAGAAAAAUACGGAAAAGCGAAAAGAAGAGCGGAGGCGCAAACGAGAGCAAAGGGCACGACAGAGGAGCAUGCCCCAGGCUGAACAAUCUCGACCGGCCUUUCUUGAUAUCACGGAUGCUCAUGGAUCCAAAACAACUCCUGUGGCUGCCAGGGCUCCUAGGGCUCCCCGGCAAUCCCUAGUCUCCCGUCGCGAUUCUUCGGUUCUAUUUGUUCCAGCCGAAACUCCGCCGCCAUCCAGAAAGCCAGCGUCUCGCGAAUACCCAGAGCAGAUAGGUUCUUCAAGACCAGCUGCCUCAAUUCCCCAACUGUCUUUGAAUAAAUCUCUAAUUCCACCCCCUUCUCGAUUCGCAAAAGACAGCGGUGUCAAGCAGACACAUUCGGUGCGCCCAAAAAGCCCCCCUCAAACAGCAAAACCCACACUAUUUGGGUCUGGAACGGGGCCAGGAAACAAGCGCGUAUACCGUGACAAAAAUUGGGUUGAUCGAGCACCGGAUCUGUCACAGGUAGAAAUGAUGAAGCCUUCAGAAUUCUCGGCAAGGACAAACAUGGGCCUUAGAAGUCUGUGCCCAUCUGAAAAGACUCCUAUCUCCCCCGAGGCCCAAAAUCAAUCUACCUCUGAGAAUCCAGUCAGCUCAACUGGUCUACCAAAUCCUCCUGCUUGUCGAACAGACUCUAGACCUGCAUGGCAGCCAGAUAGAAGUAUUGUUCCUGCGUGCUCAGCCGUGGCGCCUCCAGUACCACGCUCUUCAAACUUAGUGUCUACUGCGUCGCCUUCCUCAUUAGCAGUACUGGCUGGGCCCAAUGUACCGUCGAACCCACAGAGGCCUGCUGAUCCCGUAGUUUCUACUACCUCUACUUCUUGGCCAAUUGUUCAUUCCAACCGCCCCGCAGAGCCUCCUUUAGUGGAUCCUCCUGGAGCCCCAAAGUCAUAUGUUCUUACCACCUCACUCUUGCCAGCCGCUCAAUCUCCGCUCAUACCACAAGCCAAGCUAACCGGGAUUUCCGAUGCUGCGGCGUCCAAUGGAUCUGAACUCCCUUCUGGUGUACCUACAGGCCCCCGUGCGGACAGUACUUCAACGAAGUCUGCUGGGCCUUCUGGUUCAAGCAAAAUGCCUCUUUCGCUAACCAUUCCCACCAUUCCCCGCGCUAUGGGCAAUUUGAAACGACCUUCUGGACCUCGGAGACCACAGGACGACCGAGAAUCAGGACACCGUUCUGAUUCCUACGGCUCUCUCGACGGCCAUCACCUCCUCGAAGAUCCUCCCCCCUCGGUGGUCUUCGGAGCUCUCGCGCCGCCCAUCGCCGUCUCGACGGCCAUCUCCCGUUCGACGUCCAUCGGAGUAUUCGCGUCGUCCAUCGCCAUCUCGACGGCCAUCCCCCGUUCGACAGCCAUUGGAGCUCUUUCCUCAGUCGCCGCCCUCUCGAAGGUCAUCGGAGUACUCGCGUCGGCCAUCGCCAUCUCGACGGCCAUCCCCCGUUCGACGGCCAUCGGACUAUUCGCGUCGUCCAUCACCAUCUCGACGGCCAUCCCCCGUUCGACAGCCAUUGGAGCUCUUUCCUCAGUCGCCGCCCUCUCGUCAGUCAUCACCUUCUCGUCAACUGCUCCAACUGGAGAAUCAGUCACAUCUAAUCUUUCGAUCGAGGCGCAAAUUGCAAAAAUGCCUUUCCGUGAACCAGGACGUGGUUGCGUUCGGGAAGACAUUUAUUGGUGGGACCAAUCCCUAGGAGAGGUUCUGAUACAUGUGUUUGUUGGGCCCGAUAAGGAACAUCUUGGUGCUUUCAGGCUCUGCGGCAUCUCUCGAGCUACGAAAGUUGCGUUGGUCAAAGGCAAGAAUUUCAAAACAAACCAGGUUGAGGUGUGGUUUAAGCAUAUGUGCACAGUUAGAGAAUAUGAACAAUUGUGCGAAUCCAGUUCGUCCAAUUCAGCAGUGACUUCCGGGUGGAUUGAGGGAUUUAGCGACACCAACAAAAACUUGUUUCAGCUAGCAGAGGAUCUGCGCAAGGACGACCUCAUCGCAAUUCACUACCCCAUGGGCCGCAGGAAGAACAACCCGGAACAUGCAUGGGUUGCUUGGUCACGCGGGUCCCCAGCAUCCAAUUUUCCACGUCCUCACCAUGAUAUGCCACUCGGUGUUCCCUUACUUGUUGCCGCUCACACUAGGCUCGCACCUAUCGAGAAGCUGGCGCUCAGAGGAUAUGACCGACCCACUGGACGACUACAAAGUCUUCCACCAGACGCAUCGCUUUCACACCACAUCGGGCUCCCUAGUAGACGUGAAGGCAUAGAGUCUGGCAGUAACCCAAUCCUCUCGGGCUCCCAUGAUAUAAGGAUGAGCUUGCAAUCGCAAGAAGCACCGGCCCUAGCGCAGGCGCAUACCUCCCCGACAACUAGUGAAACCAAGGAGGAUACAAUUCGAAAAAGUGUGGACGGGUUUAUGGAAAACCUGAAGAUCAACGUGGAGGAACUUGCAACCAUCGGAGAAACGGGGAAAUCAUCAAAAGCAGACAUUUUCUAUUUGCAUUUUCCCUCGGGGGAUCAAGAAACAAAGCAGGGAUUGCAGAUUCUGGAGACAUAUUUGAAAUGUCAUGAUAAGAUCGUUCUCACGAGCAACAGCCCCGAGGAUUGGGCAAGAUUUAUCAACAACAGCAAACUGGGCGUGGUCAUUUUUCAUGAAUCUUUUACCGGAUACGAUACUUUACAGCCACCGCUCAGUUCCGUGCUUGAGAACUUGUUCAAUUUUUGGGUUGUCCGCAUUCACAGACCCCUGGAAUUUGGUAAUCCGCGACUCUGUCCAUCAAGCCAUCAUAGUCUACGUGUUUUUCCACAUGGUCGUGGUGUUAUUCUUCUCACCCAAGACAUGUUGAUGAAUCUAGAGGGGGUAGCUGUCACUCUUCAGUGGCUUCGAUUUAUAAACCAACGCAAGUCUUGGACUUUGAUGCUUCCUCCGAGGAUACUUGAGUGGAUCGAAAGCAGACUUGAUGAUGAGCAAUACUCACAGGACCACGCACUCCUGUUGCUCAUCCACUCUUUGAUCAUCAAGAACAACGUCAUCAACCCCCGUGUGGCUUUGUUUGAUAAAAGCAGUCUAGAUCCCGAUUCGAAAAGCCAUGUGAUCGCACCUUCCCUGGAUGAAUAUGGCACUCGCACAGAGCAUCACAGCCUCAAAAUUAAGGACAAGAUUGAGCGUGACGCAGAUCAUCUGAUAGAAUUCUUCGCGGGUUGGUCGCUUAUCAACAUAUCACGUUUCCGGAAUUUCGUCGUUGUCACAUCUCUCGAGGCCCCCGCAGGAGCACGAUGGGACCAAUGGGGCCAUAUAAAGCUCUUACGGGGAGGAUUUCCCCAUUUCUUCGCAUCUCACAAGGUGGAUGCGGAGCGCACCAUGGCCUACUUUUCAGGAGAUACCAAGACCAAAGAUACUACUGCUAGCCAGGCAUCUACUCCUGUGGUGGCAACCAUAUCCCGGACGUCCAAGGCUCUUAAUGUGGCGUCCCACAAUUCUAACGGCUCUCUCCAGUCUGCUUUCCCGGACACAUAA